AUGAGAUCCUCGAAGGAAAAGGAAUGGUAACGUAAGGAUCUCUCUCCCCUUUUCUCGUUCUGGAAGCAGUCGGCUCUGCGCAUGCAAACGCGUCGCUGUUUAAUGAAACGAUGCAUGCAGAUGGGCGGCUGGUUGAUGAAGUUCAGGGAAAGAGCUAGGCUAGAAUGCAUCUCCCCCCCCCCCCACAACGUUUUAAAUUUAUUUUUCCACGUCUAUGCAAAUAGCUGUUACAAGUUUGCUUUCCUUCUGCCGCAAACCAAUACUGUGGCAAAAUCUCAAAUAUGGCCCCUUUAUGUAAAAUAUGUCAUGGAUAUAAGCCGGUAUCAAGAUGAACUGAUCGAUAUAUAAGACAUACACUGCAUUAUUAGCUUAUAGUUCAAAAUAAAUGUGAUAUCAUUCUGACAUCGCACUUGAACGUGCGUAUGUUGUUGUUUAGGUACCAUGCUUGUUUUGGAACAGGGAUAUAGAUAGCAAAGUCUGCAAUCGAAUAUACCUGGGAGUAAGUUUCAUGUAGUACAAUGGGGCUUACUUCUGAGUAGACACAUACCGGAUUGUGUGUGAGUGUGUUUUUUGAGGGGGUGGGUGAACCCCCUGGUUUAUAAUUCAGGUAAGACACUAUCACACCUUGUUAGCUUUCAAAUAAGCAGCUGCCCGCUGGUGCUGCUUCACCCCAGGUUGUUUUCAAUCCACCAGCGUUGUGAACUUUUGUUGGUGUGACGAUUUUUGUUCCAUGGUUGCUUUUCAAAGUGUAGGAGUGGGGGAGGGUAUAUAUACUGACCUAAAUCUUGCUGCCAUUUUCUGUGUGCGUAGCUGCUCUAAAUUCAGCCUGCGACCACAAACUGCAUGAGAACGGCGAGCCGACGUUUAUUUCAAGUAGCAAACUGCAAUAUAGGGUUCAAGACUCAAAAGGGCUAGUAAAGUAAAAGAAUAUAAGUAGGGAAGAACAGCUGUGCUGGAUCAGACCAAGGGUCUAAUCCAGUCCCACAGUGGCUGAGUAGAUGCCUCCAGGAAGUCUACAAGGAUGUGAAGGGAACAGCCCUCCCGGAUUGAUUGUUCCCCCAGCAUACUGCAUGUGAACAUGGAGUAUACUUUAUGUUAAGUAUACUGCACUUAACUUCGCAGAUAGUCACUGAUAGCCAUAUCCUUUGUGAAUUUCUUUUAUCUCAUAUUAAAGCCACUUCUAAGCUAGUGACCAUCAAAAUGUCUUUGGGCAGAGAAUUCCGUAAUUGAAUUUUGCACCCUGUGACAUCACGUUUUAGUAUCCUGUCGUUAAAGUGCAAGUUAAUGCAAAUUGUAAUUAGGAGAGGUACCAUUUACUCGGGUUUUUGUUUUGUUUUGGUGAUGGGAAUGCGGAGCACGCAUUUCUGAUUGUUGUACAAAUAUCCUCACAUCCCACAAGAGAUAGCGAAGUGUAUGGCAUAUGAUAGUUAUUCACUGCCUCGAUAGCUAGUAGUGUUAUUGGAACACCAGCAUUUGCUUCCUCGUGGAUUAGAUUAGUUGGUUAGAGUGCUGAUAAUGCCAAGGUUGCAGGUUCGAUCCCCAUAAGGGAUAACUGCAUAUAUUCCUGCAUUGCAAGAUGAUCCUCAGGGUCCCUUCCAACUCUAUAUCAUCAUAAAAAAAGGUAAAGGGACCCCUGACCAUUAGGUCCAGUUGUGGCUGACUCUGGGGUUGCGGCGCUCAUCUCGCUUUAUUGGCUGAGGGAGCCGGCGUACAGCUUCCGGGUCAUGUGGCCAGCAUGACUAAGCCACUUCUGGCAAACCAGAGCAGUGCACGGAAAUGCGGUUUACCUUCCCGCCAGAGCGGUACCUAUUUAUCUACUUGCACUGGCGUGCUUUCGAACUGCAAGGUUGGCAGGAGAUAUCAUCAUAAACAUCUCCUGUAAAAUCUCUUCUCUUCCUUGUCUCUUAACACAGGCAGCAUCGAAUGGCGGAGGAAGUACUUAACACAUGUGAACACAAUAAGGGAUCUGUAUUUCCACUGGCUGUCUAAACACCACCACCUUUCCCCCUACAUUUAUAUGCUGGCAACCUAGUCCCAUGAGUCAAGAGAAGCAAAAAGGAUAGGUUGUCCUUAGAUUUACAGCAAUUGCCAGAGACUGCGUAUGGGGGUGGCACAUUGUCACAAGCCAGAGAGAGGCCUGUGGGUAGUUGCUGGAUCAAGGAAGCCCAUCUGGUUAUCAGAAAUAUGGAUGAUUGCCCUCCAUUUGCUUGGUUUCUUGCCUAAACAUUAGCAGGCUCCCAGAAUGGCUGGCAAGGUUGCAGCACAGAGAGAGCCGAGGAAGUAGGAGCAGGAGGCAACACAGUUCCUAACCAGAAUGCAGAAACCAGAGAGAUGAACCACAGACCAUUCAGGUCCUUCCUGAGACUUCUGAGGUCCUAACCCAGAGAUGGCACCUGUAUUUUCAGUGUUCCAAACCAGUGAGACAGAAGCUGGAGCCUCUCGCUCCUUUUAGACCCAGGCAGUGGAGGAAUGGCUAAGAGCUGUGGGAAAGUGGUAGAAGGAUAACUCUUGACCAGGCUUCCUCAACCUUGGCCCUACAGAUGUUUUUGGCCUACAACUCCCAUGAUCCCUAGCUAGCGGGACCAGUGGUCAGGGAUGGUGGAAAUUGUAGUCUCAAAACAGGCCGAGGUUAAGGAAGCCUGCUCUUGACAGUCCUCAUUUGGGUCCUCAUUUGGUGCCUUGGAGAAGUUAAAUCAGGGAUGGGGAAGCUGUGGCCCUUCAGAUUUUGUUGAAUUCCAACUCCCAUCAGGCCCAGUGGGGAUAACCUGUGGUCAGAGAUUAUGGGAGUUGUAGUUGAACAACAUCUGGAGUGGACCACAUCUUUAGUUAAAGGCAUAGGUACCAUCUGAGAGUAUGGGCCCAGAAACUUUAUAAAUCAUACCAGAUACAACAUAACACAGGCGAUUCAAAUUUUAUUUUAUUUUUUAAAUUGAUUGUAAGGUAGAUGCCAGUAUCUGCCAACCUGGAAAGUCUAAGUUCUAGUGCUCUAAAAUGUAAAAAUAGUUAUCUUUCCUUCUAAUCUAAAAAAGUAUUUCAUUUUUAAAAAAUUGCUGUUAGAAAUCACAAGUUUAGAAGUCUUUGCCAUUCUUCUAUGGGUAAUGGACAUCCAAUAAAUGUCCAUGCCCCAAACACACACUUAAGUAAAACAGAUGCAGUAACGGAUUUCAGCUAAUGGAAAUGGCACAUUUAAAAUUUCAUAGGAGUAAUCACACAGGAAUAACAACUGCAGGAGAAUUAGAAGAGAUUUCUAUAAUGGGUUAGAAAUGUCUGCAAACAGAAAAAAAUAUUCUUCUUUUUUUAAAAAAAAAUCCCUUUGAAAAUAGUCCUCUUUUUAAUCAUUACUAGUUCCAGUGGAGGAAGGAGCCAUUCAAGUGCCAAGGAAAUCAAGAAAUCGCCACCACAUAUAAGACCUUCUCCCAGCAGACUUGGCAAAAAUAUUUCAGCCGCUACUGAAAAGGUAAAGUGUCUUACGCUUCACGGCAGCAAUUUUUUUUGGGGGGGCAGACAUAUUCUGUGGUUUUCCUACUGGAGUUAUAACUAUACAUUACUCGAUUUUUCUUAGACUUCCUGUCAUGCAACAGAACACAAGCAGACAACUCUUCACUACAAAGAAAAAAACCAGCUUUGUGAAAAUCUCCAACAAAACAGGUAAAGUUCUCUUGGCAGUGUAUAUAUGUGGUAUACAAGCCCAUUUCAUGCAUGAAUGAAGACUGCGUAGGUAGAAACACAACUGUUGGCGUGGUCAAGUUUUGAAAAGUUCUGGGAAUAGGACAUGAAUGUUUAUUCCAAACUACCGACUGGUUGGACAAUAUGCUGGUGAUUUUUGUUCACCUUUUGCCACUUAUGGAUGAUCAAUGCUGGGAGCUUGAUGUGCGGAUGAACUUGUGUCAGAUAAAAACAAUUGUAAGUGGCCUUAGGUUGGUGGGUUGGUUUGCAGGGAAGGGCAAAGGAACUGAAGCAUGGAAUGUUGGGGAAGAAGUUAUUAAAGAACAGAAAAUCUGGACCACAUUUGUAUGUGUAAUACAAGCUUUGAGCUUGGGGAAGAGCACCACAAUCAGGGUGGAUUUGAUUUAAAUCAAAUCGAUUUAAAUCAUGAUUUAAAUCACUAGUCAGUAAGACUUGAUUUAAAUCAUUUUUUUACAGAAAGGUUCAUUCUUGCUGGUAUAAUCUUAAUAUUUGCAACCAGAUGAAGGUUUCAUAUUUGGAAUAAUAAAUUUUCAGAGUAGUUUUUAAAGUUAUAUAAAAAAUUACUGAUUUGGUUACACAAUUAGAAAUACAAAGGCAGGUAAUUAUGAAAUUAUUGUCAACUUUUCUGCUGUACUUUAUUGGAAGGAGAAAAAUAAUCAUUAGCUUAAUAACAAUUUAAACAAUUUAACUAAAACAACAUUAUAGCAUAUGUAUCCAUGUUUGUUAACUGAUAUGGUUAAACGAUUUAAAUAAAAACAAAACUUAGACUGAGUUUUAGCACACAUGAAAAACUUAAAACAAAUCCUUAUUUCCUGAUGAAUAGCCUUUGGACUAUAAUGUAACUUAAAUAGAAAACUAUCUUUAGAAAGAUUUUUCUUCCAAAAGCAUUUUAUUUUAAAAAUCCGAUUUAAAUAAAAAAAUCUGAUUUAAAUCAAUAAAAUCCGAUUUAAAUAAAAAAAAAAAAUCCGAUUUUUAAAUUAUUAUUUUUUUAAAAUCAUUGAUUUUUAUCCCCAUAACCACAAUACACAGCAGCUGUGGGCUAGAUCCAUAUUUGAAAAGGCAAUCAUGCCACCUUUAUUUUUCCUGUUUAUCUUAAAGCAUGCAUUUUAUUUCAUCACAUGGUCAAAAGUUGCCAGGUGCAGGUUUUCUUCUUAUUCAAUGUUUAUGCUAACUAGACAAGCUCCUGAAACAGGAAGUUUUUUUGGAACACAAAUUCAGACAACGCACAUGUUCACAAUUGCAAACAUGCAGCUUAGCUGAAACGUAUUGAAUGGCGUUGAUUUCAGCAAUGGGCUUUGCCCAGAACGAAUAAGAAGUGUUCAUCGGUUUCCUUCGCAUCUGCUUUUCCUUCUUUAAUAUAAUUGCCAGCAUUUAAUUUUAGAUCCAAAUUAACAUGCAUUAGCCAUACUGUUUAUAAAAAGAUGUAAAUCAUUAGAAAUAUUGUUUAAUAUGCUGCAGUCUGGUUAAACUCAGCUGAACAGAAAGAUGUUGCAGAGGCAUAGAUGGGGGCGGCACUUACCGUGGGGCCUGCAGGUGCCUGAGCCAUGCACCUCUCCUGGAAGUGACUCGGUGGCUUGGGCACCUGCAGGCUCCGUGCUGCCCAAAAUGGCAGCAUGUGUCGGCCCGGGAGCCCAAGCGCCUAGCUACGCCACUGAGAUGUUGAGCUGUGUUGCAAAGAGAUUAGAAGCAGUUUUCUUGAGUAAGUUAAACAGAAGUUAAAGUUUAAGUUAAGUAAGUUUACGUUUAAGUUAAAGUAAGUAACAGAAGUAAACAGAAGUUGAGUAAAUCCGCUCCACUUCCCAGUGGGGAGCAGUUGUGGUGGACAGAGUGGUCACCCCCUCCCCACCGGGGGCGGGGGACUUUGUCCCCCUUUGCCCGGGAAUCCCGGCCCUGUCAGAGCCCGGCCAGCCAAUCCGCUGGCCGGGGGGCGUGGCCGGGGGCGUUUAAACUGAGGAGCGAGGCAGAGGACUGGUGUGGGGGAGGGGAGGUGUGGCCAUCACCUGCCCCUCCAUGCUUAAGGGUAUUCCAUUAAAGGAAUCCAGGGGUGUUGAUCUUGUCCGAAGCCCGGUUGGGGGCUAGAGCCUUGACAUGACCCCGAUGGGAACACCAGGGGGAGCUUGAGUUGGUUUGCAUCGACAAUGGUUUACCCUACCGGUGGUUUACCCUUACCGGACUUCUUGCACACUGGGCAGGAGUCAGAUAUAAAAAGGUAAAGGGACCCCUGACCUUUAGGUCCAGUCGUGACCGACUCUGGGGUUGCAGCGCUCAUCUCGCUUUAUUGGCCGAGGGAGCCGGCGUUUGUCCGUAGACAGCUUCCAGGUCAUGUGGCCAGCAUGACUAAGCCGCUUCUGGCGAACCAGAGCAGUGCACGGAAACGCCGUUUACCUUCCUGCCGGAGUGGUACCUAUUUUAUCUACUUGCACUUUGUGCUUUCGAACUGCUAGGUUGGCAGGAGCCAGGACCAAGCAACGGGAGCUCACCCCGUCGCAGCAAUUUGAACCGCCGACCUUCUGAUCGGCAAGUCCUAGGCUCUGUGGUUUAACCCACAGUGCCACCUGCGUAUAUCUGAGUCAGAUAUAGUCGGGUCCAAUCAAUGCCUAAGCCAAUACCGCUCAUAUUCUGUAAUUUAAUUUAAUAAAAUUGUGGCCAAAUGUGCCCAAUAACAUGAACCUAAUAUCCGCGUCUCUGUAUGAGUUAUUUCCCAAUGAGGGGGUGGCUGCGGGGUUAAACAGAAAAAGCUGCAAGUCCAUGCACACUUCCAUGUGCAUAAGUUCCAUGUAACUCAGUGGGACUUAAUAUUGAGCCAACAUGCUUAGGAUCAUACCGUUAGGUUGUUGCUGCUGUUGUUCUCGUCAUUGUCAUCCGUCUGUCUUGAGAGACAAUGGAGUGUGUCUGCAGGGGUGAAGUCAAACCGCUGUGUUAUCAGCCCCAAGGUGACCUCCCCGGGGCACAAGCCUGGGUAUGGAGUGCGUAUGGAGGUCCUGGGCUGCCCAGAAGAUAAGACCCUCCUCUCUGCCUCUCUGAUGUGGUCCAAAGGAAAGCAGAGCAAUAUGUUUGACAAUACGUUCUGCCCAAGAUUAUGAUGGACUUCAACUCCAGCCCUAGCCAAUGCAUGAUAAAUGGCCAUGGAUUAUGGGAGUUGUGGACCAACAUCUGGAGGGCCAUGUGUUUACCAUCCCUGUUUUACAGGUAAGUAGACCAGUUGAGGCAAGGGACAGUUUUGCAACCAUACGAGCUGUGCAGACGAGGGAAUUUCAGUAAGUCCUACUUCAGGAUUCCUGCAUUGCAGUGGGGUGGACUAGAUGACUCACAGGGUCCCUUCCAACUCUACAAUUCUAUGAUCUGAAGGACAUCACUUUGGCUCCAUGCUAAACCCACUUACCGGGGAAUUUAAUGAGGCUUACUUCUGAGUAUCGGAUUGCCUUGUAAAUUUAAGAUUUUUGCAGAUGAUUUCUUAUCAGAUGUAGGAAGAGUACAGAAUACUCAGUGCCUGGACUGGUAUCAGUCUAUCAAGGUGAGCCUUUAAUAUCCUGCCUUUAUGAAAACAUUUAUGAGAUUUUGCUUUCCCUGCUGCUUAAGAUGGCAGAUAUACUGGAGUGUUCAUUUUUGGUAUACGUGUCCAAAAUUCAAAGGAAGUAUCUCCUGUUUUCUUUCAUGCUUUCUACUGUAUAAAGCUCCCACACCAGGUUUUCAUACAGAUAUUCAAGCAGUUUUCUACCUCGAUGUGGGUAAAUAGGCUGUCUAAACAGUAGCACUGUUUACGGUGGCAACUGGGGGGAAAAUAGAAGCAAUCUUUUACAGACCAUUGCAAUGCCUUUUAAUAAAGACCACCCAAUACGAAAUGCCACUAAGAUGCUUGAUAAGAGGUAUGGAGAACCUGUGACUCUCCAGAUGUGCCUGAACUACAAAUCAUCCCUUAUUGUUAGCUAUGAUGGCUGGUAGUGAUGGGAAGAACAUCUGGAGGGUUGCAGCUUCCCUGUCUCGUUCAUAUUACCUUCUUUAUGUCUUUGCACAUUUUGUCUUUUCUCCUUUUGUGCUUGGUUUGCAAUUACACGUUUGUGGCAAUGACUUGCCUUACUUUUUAAAAAACAAAAAAGACUAAAUGUUAUUUCUUUUCCUGCCUAGAACAACAAAUGUUUGCACUUCUUCAUACAGAGCACCAAGGUUAAAAAAGGAGCCUCUGGUCAGAAAGUAUUACGAGGCUGGAUGGAGCAAAAUCCCUUCUGUGUUUAAGGAUGCUUCCUGGAGUGAUUCCAGCGGCGCAGAAGAUGGGCUGACUCAGAGUUUUUGUUGCAAGCAAAAAGGCAAUUUGGAGAGAAACUCCGGAGGGCAUUCAGCUGAAGCAGACCCCUACAGCCCUGGAUAUCAAAGCAUCUCUGCUGACGCGAUGUUCCUUGACUUCGAAUCCAUGCGGAUUAUGAAAGACGACUCUGAUCAGGACAGCGCCAGUGACCUUUCCGACUCAGAGAGAAUCCCCAUUCCCCCUUCGCCUUGCACCCCACCGGAGCUCAACCUCCGAGCGGAGGAGAUUGACCCUCUGUGCUUCGAACACCUCUUUGACGCAAAAUUCAAGCAGCCCGAUUACUAUUACCCGGACUUCCUGCCGCCCCCUUUCAACACAUGGGACUUGAAAGGGCUGGUGGCAUUUGUCAACACGGAAUGCAAAUCGGAACCUCGGCCAGAGCCGUCGGGGACGCUUGAGAAGUACGUCGACCGGCUUUUGGAGCUGGAGUGGUUGCAGAUGCAGACGAUACAGGCUGAGAAAGGGAAGGCGGCCAAGACAAGGCCUCAGACUGCUCCCAGUGCCCUCCGGACCUUAAAAAGCCCUGGUAAAAACAAACCGUUGCACAGUCCUUUUCCGCAGAAACAACUGACUGUCCACGAAGGUUUUCCAAGAGUCCUCGCCAGCCAGCAGGGUCACAGAAGAGAGUUGCAUGGCGAAGGACCCAGCCAGGUUGUUCCCCAUGAAGGUCAGUUGAGAACGGCUGAAGCGACGUGUGGCUUCUCAGCUCGCCCCAGGCGGCCUUGUGAAGCACGAGGCGAAGCCAAAAAGCGGCCUACUGCCAAGCAGCCGUUGGUCAGUAAGCAUCCUCCUGAGAGUAGCUCUAUGAUCCAGGGAGCUGGCAACAUCCGGCCACCCAAGCAACCCUCUUCUUUCCACGGUUCAGGUGUCCCUCUCAAGGGGCUGCCAGCCCAUGCCUGCCCAAACCCCAAAAAGAAUGGGAAUGCUGGUAAUUACGUUACUGCCAAAAAAGUUUCAGCGGAUAAGAAGCUAAAGGCAAAUGGCACGAAGCAAACGCCAUGUCAAUUUAAAUAACGCUGCAGUAGCAGAGUGUGCUGUUCUUGUUGCUGUGGGGCUUGGCAAUCCUUUCUGUGUGGCAAAGAGCUGGAAUAGCAGUUCAAGUGCUGUGGAGAAGGAAGAAAUAUGCUCCUCCUUGAUUCCCUUGCCAUGCAUUGUGAUUGAACUUGGUGUCAGAGGUCUGGUUCACCCCUCCCCAGUCAACACAAUCCAGGAAGCUAUGUGCUCCAUCCCUUGUGGUGACUCCCACUGCAGGGGCCAGUGGGAAAAGGGUCUCGCUUUUCAGGGUACACCCAUAAAAACCUGCUCAAAGCCUACCCGAUCUUGUUCCUACACUGAUUUGAAAUAUCUGGUUCUGAAGUGGCCAGGCAAUAACCCUUUUCCUUCCUGUUGAGCUAAGUUUUCUCAGUUGUUGUUUUUUACAAGAAAAUGCUGUUGUGAGGUGGGAAACAACAACAGUACCAGCAAUUUAUUAUUCUUAUGCUGCCCAUCUGACUGGGUUGCCCCAGCCACUCUUGGUGGCUUCCAACAAAUUAUAAAACAUCAGAUAUUAAAAACAACACAUGCUUGUUUCCAAAUAAGCUUGCCAUUGCCAUAAUUGCAUCUCGAUUUUGCCACACAGGGAUGCAUUUAUAAGCACCGAUACAUGCAGAAAACUCAUGGGAAUUUCUCCCCUGUUUAAAAUGAUACUGCAGACUUGCGACAUUUGGAGAAACGGAGAUUUAUUUGCUUUAAUCAGGGAAGCUUCAAAUAGAAUGGGAAUGCAUCGUUUUGGGGACAGUCGUAUGAGAAGAGCCUUGGGGGUGAUGAAUAUCUGUACCAUGACUGUCAGGCCACAGCUGAGUGGUAGAGCAUGUACUUUGCAUGCAGAAGGUCCCUUGUUCAAUCCACAACAUCUCCAGGUAGGGCUGGGAGACUCCUGCCUGAAACCCUGGAGAGCCACUGCCAGUCAGAGUAGACAGUACUGACCUAGAUAGACCAAUGACCCAACUCAAGAUGAGGCAUCUUCAUAUGUUCCUACGAUAGAGCCACGGGGGAAGUUGCAUGGCAGGGUGAAGAGAAGGCGCCAUUGAAGAUUUGUCAGCUGAUCAGACUGAGGAGGCAUGAAUGAAAGGAAUACAGACAGGUCUGUGGGAGACCUAGCUAAAUAGACCCUGCUCAAACAGGAUAAGCGUUUACAUGGUAAGGGUAGAUCAUAAGCCAGAUAAUGAAUCUGGAACACACUAUCCAAGUAUCCCAAAGAUGCUGGGGUAGAAUUUCCCUGGACUAGGAACGCACAGCAAGGUGGAUGGCAGGACCUUCGCUCCUAAUGACAAAAGCAUGUGUUGCCAUAUGCACUAGAGCUUUAUUGUGAGGUUGACACUGAUUUAGUAGUUUGUGGAGGAAGUCUGGCUUCCUCAUAGGAAUAUUCAUGGCUAGAUUGCUCAAGCCGCACAUUCGAAGAGUUCAUUAUCUUUGAUCUUAUAUCAGCAGAAAGUAUUUUCACUACAGCAAAGGGUUUUCUGUUGGUCUUCAGUCAAAGGGUUGGUUAUUUUCGAAUGCAGAAAGUUUGAAGAAAACACAAAUUAUUUAUUUCAUUUGUCUUUGAAGGAUUUGCUCCUGCGUAAUCCUGGAACAAGCAAACGAGAACCCGAUCAAGCCUUUUGCCGUGUUUAGCAGCUAGUUUGCAGUUCCUGCCAUUGUGUUUGUGGCAGUGUUUUCCUUCCAAAGUCUUUGUCGGCUUAAAACUGAGCCAGCAAGCUUUAUCUAUGCAAAGUCAAAACAUCUCUGAGCUCCAUAAUUUUUCUCAGCCUCGGUGAUGGCUGACCAUUUUCCACUCUGGGUUGGGAGCUGAAAAUGUUAGGAUUCUAAGGGUCCUUCCAACAAAGCUAAGUGUAUACUUGGAAGUGAAAGAUCCUGAUGAUUUUGCACAUAAUUUGAAUAAGGAUCAGCAUAGCUGAUGUUUGACAUAGCAGCAGCAGCUUCAUGCACAAAAGCAUUACAGUCACAAGAGAAACCCAAUCCUUUGAUGCACUGGGUUGUAUAAAACUAACCUGCUUAGUCUGUGAAAGGAUUUUGGCUUGCACAGCAUAACUCCUCCCUUCUCCCACCAUGCACCAAAUCUGUGGGCAGGAGCUUGACCUGUACUUCCAAUGUGGCACAAAGACUGUAUGAUCGCAUCUUCAGGUCUGAGCAAGACUUCAUAGUAAGCAUGCAGCUGCUGCUACAAAUGAUCAUCAUGCAUCAGGUUCUCUCCCUCCAUAAUAUCUAGUAGAACUUAACUCAAAUUGUGAUGUCAUGAUGUUCUACAUUUCGUUGCCAAGUUCCAUUGACAACUGAAGGCAUGGAAUAGGAGAGGAGAAAGGCGGCACAGUGUGACAUGCGUAAGUUCUGCGGCAGGUUAUGCAGAACUAGUAAUGGAGGCGCCAGUAGGAUUUUUGGAAACAGCCACUAAGAUUUUUGGAAAUGGCUUAGUUUGGUCCUCAACGCAUUCAUUGACUCGUAUUUCUAGCCCUGUCUUUGCUUGGUAUACCCCAAAGCACCCAAAAUAUCAUUUAAUCUCCUUAAAAUAGGUAAAGCUUACCAAAGGCAAUACUUUGCUCUCCAGCUGUUUUGGAAAGGCCAGAGUUGAAUGCCUACAGUGCUUCCAACAGAUGGCCAGGCUUUUUUUCCAGGUUUUAAGGGGAUAGGAGCAUGAUAAAUCCAAUUCAGGGAAGUACUGAUUCAGAACCAUGUGUUACGUCACAUUUAAAAUGUGCCACAGUAUAGUUAAACCAUGGUCUCGGGAGAUUGGUGGAGCUCUCUGGUCCUCAAGGGCUACUGCAUUUGCUUCAGUGGAAGACCAGGGCUGUAGAGGCAUCAUUUCAUAGCUGCAAAGCACCAUCCUCCUCUGGACUGAAUGGGGAGGACCCAUGCACAUGAAAUAUCUGUGUAUGCAUCAGAACACACAUGGGAAUCUGGAAAGCAGAAUAAGGUUAUGGUGAGGCAGUUGAAAACGUCCUGCCAGGAGUGAAACCGAAAGUAGAUUGAUCAGCUAGCUGAAACAAAUUAUAUUGCUAUGGGGUGGGGGGAAACCUCUAACAUUUUACUUCUCGAUACUUGCACUUCCGGUUUACUUGGUAACCCCCCCCUCCCCAGGAAAAGCUAAUGUUUGAAUAGCAGCUGGUUAAGGAACAACAUUGGGCAGAUGCUAUGAUUUGAUUUUAUCUGGACUGUUUGUCGAUAUGGCAGCUACCUGCAGUGGAAGGCUCCUGGACUGAUUCGGCAGAAACACCAGUUUGUGAAGAGAGGAUGUGAAUUUACAGGGGGGACUCUUGGACUCCAGAUUUGGACUAUAAAGAAGAAGAGUAAAGACAUAAAAUCCACACAGAAACAUUUUAUUUGGACUUAAACUCACUUGCAGAAUGAACGCAGAGGCUGCUGAAAAUAAUGAAGGGUUAACAUCAGAAUGUAUUCCGGGAAUUACUGUAAUAUUUUGAAAUGCAGUAGAAAUAUGAGGUGAUUAGGAUUCCCUCCAAUCUCAAAGUAUGGGAAGUCAGCUAAAUAAUAAUAUUUGUUUGAUUAUUUGUAUAAUUUGGAAUAUAUAAUUUGGAUUGGAAAAAUUUAAUAAAUAUUAUUUUUUUUAAAAAGAAAAUGUCCUGACCUCUUCCACAGAAUGUUCUUCAGCAGAAGACAUUGAUAAUAAAUGUGUGUGUAUACCUUCAGUUUAUCUUCAGGUGUGAUUUAAUUGGAAGUUUAAAAAGCAAGUUGUGCGCAUACUUAAACCAGCCUUUUAUUGGUUGAAUUUGUACAAUGAUACUGAACGAUGUAUUUGUUUCCUCCUGCUCUGCUGCUUUUGACCAUAACUUUCUAAGAUCUGAAAGCAUAGAAAUGAGUCACAUUCAAAUGUCCUUAAAAUAAGUAAUGAAACAGGAUUUAUUUGUUGUACUUCCAUUGUAAGAUGCCACGUUCUCAGGAAUGGCUGAAAACUGAUUGGUGUAUUUAUUUAUUUAUGAACUUUGCAGGUGUUUUCUUCCAAGUCAGACCUGGCCUUGAACUGUAUCACUCAUCUGUGUUAUUGUCUGAAGGUCAUACGAUAUUGUUACAAAUAUUCCCCCGCCCCCGUAUCCUCAAGCAUGCUCCGGUCAGAUGGAAUAAAUAUCAGCUUUUUCUGUCAAAAAACAAAAUCAAAUAA